AUGGAUCGCUCCAAAAAAGUGCAUGUUACGGGAUAUCCAAAUUACAUCCAACAAAUGGAGUUAGCAAAAGUGUUCUCCAAGUACGGGCCCGUUACGAUCGAGAAGUUCAACAAUAAGUAUACAAUCCUCAUGUUUGCACACGAAAGUGAAGCACUCGAGGCGAUAAGGAACUCAGGAAAAGUCAAUGUAUAUGGAGAAUUUAUGACUGUAACAGCGCUCGGUGGUCAAGUUGAACCAGCCAAGUCUAAGAAAUUGGCUCCGAAUAAGGAUAAAGGCCCCUUGGUGGAGCCGUUCCAGCUGGAGCUGUCGGGAGACUUCCACGCGCAGCUGGCGGCGCUGCUGGCGGCCGUGCGGCUGUCGCAGGGCGCGGUGGCGCGGCUCGGCGCGCUGUACCAGGACCUCGCCGCCGCGCUGCAGGCGCACUGGCCAGGUUGCAUGGCGAUCCCGUUCGGAUCGAUAACAACAGGACUGGGCGUGAAGGGCAGCGACGCAGACUGUUUCAUUCACAUUCCUCCCGAGCAACGUCAAAACCACGGUAGUUUAGUAAACCGAGCAAAGAGAAUACUACAGCAACAGCCGAGGACUUUCGCUGAUGUCUUUUCCAUCCCACGAGCCAACACGCCCAUAGUGAAGUUCGUACACGUGCCCACCGGUUUCCACUGCGAUAUAACCUUCAAGACCCCCCUCGGAACGCAGAACAGCAGGUUGAUCGCGUUUCUACUACAGUCAGACCCUCGCCUGACCCCCAUGGCGGUGGUCAUCAAGUACUGGGCGCGAGUGAAUGGGUUCUCAGGAACGGGGAAGUUAACCAACUAUGCGUUGACGAUGCUCGUGAUCUUUUACCUGCAACAGGCGCCCGUGUCCAUAUUGCCUCCGGUUGAGCUGUUGCAGAGAGACCCAGAGACCGAGAUCAUAGUAGACGGAUGGAACGCUGGCUUCUCGGAUGACUACGAUCGACUGCCCGAGUCCACGAACACUUCAUCUAUAUCGGAACUGCUCGGAGGAUUCUUCCAGUACUACUCGACGUUUAAUUUCGCCGGAGAUAUCGUCUGUCCAUUCUUGGGGGUACCGGUCAAGAAGGAGCUGUUCAAGGACCUCAGCCUUCUACCCUCCGAGUUCAACCGCUACGCAGAUAACGUUAGAGACCAAGAGUCGACUCCGCUGAGGGUUACUACGCCGAUAUGCGUCCAGGACCCCUUCGAGCACUCCCACAACGUCUCAUCGAUGAUUACGAGUAGAAUGUACACAGAAAUUAUAGCGUUCUUUAAAUUUGCAGCGGCCGCUUACGACAGAGAGAAAUUGAACGGUUGCAAUAAACUAUUGCGGACAAUUUUACUGGAGAAACCUAAAAUACUACGCGAGAAGCUUCACCUGGAAUUCAGGUCGGUCAUCGUCCCUCACAUCAUGCGAAAAGUAGAGAAUCCAGACUGGAUGUCAGUGGUCCGUGAAGUUACGGUAAAGAUUUUCAAACAGAUAUGCAAGAUAAAGUUGGAAAAAAUUGAUGAAAGUCCAAUCGAAGGUUCGAAGAAACUUAAAGAUAAGUAUAUGUGCGUUCUGACAAAAGCAAUAUGGAAGAGGAAACAGUUUUCGAAGCUCUACAAUAUGAUGAAACUCAACUUCCUAGACAAGCAAACUCGUAUAACGGAAGAGAUACUCAAUGUCGAGAAGCAGAUUUACGACAUACAGUUUCGAUUGAUGCUGACUUUCAAAGCGGAAACGAGGCACACGACUAUUGUCAUAAAGCUUAUUGAGGGGGACCCUGUAGUCUUCAGAGAAUUCGGAAAAUUCUUUGGAUCAGUCAUACUGAACUGGUAUUUUGUUUUAUUGAAAGAUUAUUCGCGAUCUGAUGAAGUUUCUAUCUCUACUGUCAGUAAUGAAACUGAACCUAAGGUCGAUCAUGACGUCAGUUACAUCUCUCCUGUCAAUAAUGAAGCUGAAUCUAAGGUCGAUCAUGACGUCAGUUACAUCUCUCCUGUCAAUAAUGAAGCUGAACCUAAGGCCGAUAAUGACGUCAGUUACAUCUCUCCUGUCAAUAAUGAAACUGAACCUAAGGUCAAUUACAUCUCUCCUGUCAAUAAUGAAGCUGAACCUAAGGUCGAUCAUGACGUCAGUUACAUCUCUCCUGUCAAUAAUGAAACUGAACCUAAGGUCGAUCACGACGUCAGUUAUAUCUCUCCUGUCAAUAAUGAAACUGAACCUAAGGUCGACCGUGACGUCAGUGCCAGUGUAUCUGAAACAGAUGACUGUAACGCUAAUGUUAAAGACGACGCUCAGGCAACUGAAAGCAAUACUAUAGACUAACAGGAAACUAUUGUUAGACGCCUUAGGGCCCAUUGUUCCGGUUGUUGAUAAACUGCUUUCUGAUCAGGAAGUUUGUGAUUUUAUGUUUCUUUUACACCAAACUCACAUAUUUACAAAUCUAUAUUUUUUAAUUAAUUAGUUUAGCUUACACAGGUCCUAGUAGCCGAUUAAACUUCCGACUGACAAAGCCACGGCUAUGUGUGAACUAAUGUGCUAGACAAACUUUAUCUAAUGAAAUUAAUGAAUGAUGCAAUGGGCCCCUAGCCAUAAUGUUAGAAAUUAAGGGAGUACAUAUUAGAUAACAAUUGGUAUAUGUUUUAUUGUCAAUCAAUUUUAUUUUAAUAAGCUAAAUGAUCAUUUGACCUUUGUAGUUAUUUUUGUAUAAAAUAUAUCAGUUUGAAGCGUUA